UGCCCGGAUGCAGCGGGAGGAGGUGCUGCCGCCAUAUUUGCCCAGAGAGCAGCGAGCUGGUAGCUGCUGAGCCCCCCAGACCCAUCGGCUUCCAUCCGCCCCGUGCAGUCCCCGACGCCGCCCCGCCUGCAGGACAUGGACGAUCGGGAGGACCUCGUUUAUCAGGCCAAGUUGGCUGAGCAGGCUGAGCGCUACGAUGAAAUGGUUGAAUCAAUGAAGAAAGUGGCUGGAAUGGAUGUGGAGUUGACAGUGGAAGAAAGAAACCUGCUUUCUGUUGCGUAUAAAAACGUGAUUGGAGCCAGAAGAGCUUCCUGGAGAAUAAUCAGCAGCAUUGAACAGAAAGAAGAAAACAAAGGUGGAGAAGAUAAAUUAAAAAUGAUUCGGGAAUAUCGGCAAAUGGUUGAGACUGAACUGAAAUUAAUCUGUUGUGACAUUCUGGAUGUACUGGACAAACACCUCAUUCCAGCAGCUAACACUGGCGAGUCCAAGGUUUUCUAUUACAAAAUGAAGGGGGACUACCAUAGGUAUCUGGCUGAGUUUGCCACAGGAAAUGACAGGAAGGAGGCUGCAGAGAAUAGCUUGGUGGCUUACAAAGCUGCUAGUGAUAUUGCAAUGACAGAACUCCCACCAACACAUCCUAUCCGCUUAGGACUUGCGCUCAACUUCUCUGUAUUCUACUAUGAAAUUCUUAAUUCUCCUGAUCGUGCCUGCAGGUUGGCAAAAGCAGCUUUCGAUGAUGCUAUUGCAGAACUGGAUACACUGAGUGAAGAAAGCUAUAAGGACUCUACACUUAUCAUGCAGUUGUUACGUGAUAAUCUGACACUAUGGACUUCAGACAUGCAGGGUGAUGGUGAAGAACAGAAUAAAGAAGCGCUGCAGGAUGUGGAAGAUGAAAACCAGUGAGACACAAAGGCCAACAAGAGAACCCAUCUCUGACCACCCUCCCCCCUCCCCACGAAAACCCUCAGUGUCACUCUGAGAACCACCAAAUCUGACUUUUACAUCGGGUCUCAGAAUUUAGGUUCCUGCCCUGUUGGGUUUCUUUAUUUUUAUUUUAAAUUUUUUUUUUUUUUUUACACAGUUUAAAAGUUCUUAA